AUGCCUUCCCAAACUGAAAAGAAGCCCCAAAAACAAUGGUCCUUGCAAGACUUCGAGAUUGGAAAACCCCUUGGCAAAGGCAGAUUCGGCCGCGUCUACCUCGCCCGAGAAACCAAGAGCAAGUAUAUAGUGGCAUUGAAGGUGAUAUUCAAAGAGCAGAUAGAGAAGUACAGGUUGCACCACCAGUUGAGGAGAGAGAUGGAGAUCCAGACCAGUCUUCGUCAUCCCAAUGUUUUGAGACUCUUCGGUUGGUUUCACGAUGCAGAGAGAAUUUACUUGAUUUUGGAGUAUGCCCAUGGUGGUGAGCUCUAUAAGGAGCUCCGAAAAACUGGCUAUCUCACCAAAAAACAAGCCGCCACUUACAUUUUGAGUCUUACACAAGCGUUGACGUAUUGUCAUGAGAAGCAUGUGAUUCAUAGGGAUAUCAAGCCGGAGAACUUGUUGCUUGAUCACGAGGGCCGACUGAAGAUUGCUGAUUUUGGAUGGUCUGUACAAUCAAGAAGCAAGAGACACACUAUGUGUGGAACUUUGGACUAUUUAGCACCAGAAAUGGUGGAGAACAAAGCUCAUGACUAUGCAGUUGAUAAUUGGACUUUGGGUAUCCUCUGUUAUGAGUUUUUGUAUGGUGCGCCUCCAUUUGAGGCAGAGAGCCAAUCAGAUACAUUCAGAAGGAUUAUGAAGGUUGACCUCAGCUUCCCUUCCACCCCUUACGUGUCUGCAGAAGCUAAAGAUCUCAUUAGCCGGCUUCUAGUGAAGGACUCGUCAAAAAGGCUCUCUCUUCAGAAGAUUAUAGAGCACCCUUGGAUAAUUAAGAAUGCUGAUCCCACUGGUACCUGCUGA